ACCAACCGCAGAAGAAGAAACUAUACCAGCGGUAGCGAGUCGCAUUCAGAGAAACAGCAACAGACAAAAUCAUGGAGGAAACCGCUAAAAAAGAGAAAAAGCAGUCCGAAAUCACGGAGGAGAAGGAUAAACAACCCGCGGGGAAAGACAAGGAGAAGAAAGAGGAGCAGGAGCUGUCAGAGGAGGACAAACAGCUUCAGGAGGAGUUGGAGAUGCUCGUGGAAAGACUUGGUGAGAAGGACACGUCUCUGUACCGUCCUGCUCUGGAAGAACUGCGCCGUCAGAUUCGCUCCUCCACGACCUCCAUGACAUCGGUGCCUAAACCGCUCAAGUUUCUGCGACCCCAUUACGCCAAACUCAAGGAGAUCUACCAGAUUAUGGCGGCGGGAGAGAACAAGCAUUUCUGCGCUGACGUGGUGUCUGUUCUCGCCAUGACCAUGAGCACUGAGCGAGAGUGUCUCAAAUACCGUCUGCUGGGCUCGCAGGAGGAGCUCGCAUCAUGGGGCCACGAAUACGUCAGGCAUCUGGCGGGAGAGGUCGCAAAGGAAUGGCAGGAGAUCGAGGAAGGCGAUAAAGCUCAACAGGAAGUCCUGCUGAAGCUGGUCAAAGAGAUCGUCCCCUAUAACAUGGCCCAUAAUGCCGAGCACGAGGCCUGUGACCUCCUGAUGGAAAUUGAGCGACUGGACAUGCUGGACACGUACAUCGACGAAAACGCCUACGCUAAAGUCUGCCUCUACCUGACCAGCUGUGUGAGUUACGUCCCCGAACCAGAGAACUCGGCUCUGCUGAAAUGCGCCCUCAACAUCUUCCGCAAGUUUAACCGCUACCCAGAAGCCCUGAGGCUGGCGCUGAUGCUCAACGACAUGGAGCUGGUGGAGAACAUCUUUACUUCCUGCAAGGACAUUGUCAUUCAGAAGCAGAUGUCGUUCAUGUUGGGUCGUCACGGCAUGUUCCUGGAGCUCAACGAGGAUGUGGAGGAUUAUGAAGAUCUGACGGAGAUCAUGUCCAACGUGCAGCUCAACAGCAACUUCCUUGCACUCGCUAGAGAGCUCGACAUCAUGGAGCCUAAAGUGCCAGACGACAUUUACAAAACCCACCUGGAGAACAACCGGUUCGGCGGCAGCGGCUCACAGGUGGACUCGGCUCGCAUGAAUCUGGCCUCAUCGUUCGUCAACGGGUUCGUUAACGCCGCGUUCGGACAGGACAAACUGCUCACGGAGGACGGAAACAAAUGGCUUUACAAGAACAAGGACCACGGGAUGCUCAGCGCGGCGGCGUCUCUGGGGAUGAUUCUGCUGUGGGACGUUGACGGCGGACUCACACAGAUCGAUAAAUAUCUUUAUUCAUCCGAGGAUUACAUCAAGUCUGGAGCGCUGUUGGCGUGUGGUAUCGUUAACUCUGGCGUUCGUAACGAGUGUGAUCCCGCUCUGGCCCUGCUGUCUGAUUAUGUCUUGCAUAACAGCAACAUCAUGAGGAUCGGAGCCAUUUUUGGGUUGGGUCUGGCGUACGCCGGCUCUAACAGAGAGGAUGUUCUCUCUCUGCUGCUUCCUGUCAUGGGAGACUCCAAAUCCAGCAUGGAGGUGGCGGGAGUGACGGCGCUGGCGUGCGGGAUGAUCGCCGUGGGUUCCUGUAACGGUGAUGUCACUUCCACCAUCCUCCAGACCAUCAUGGAGAAGAGCGAGCAGGAGCUCAAAGACACGUACGCUCGCUGGCUGCCGCUCGGCCUCGGACUCAACCAUCUGGGUAAAGGUGAGGCGAUCGAGACGACUCUAGCAGCUCUUCAAGUAGUUCCCGAACCCUUCCGUAGCUUCGGCAACACGCUGGUGGACAUCUGCGCAUACGCAGGCUCCGGUAACGUGCUGAAGGUGCAGCAGCUGCUUCAUAUCUGCAGCGAACACUACGACAACAAGGACAAAGAUGACGAUAAAGACAAGAAAGACAAAAAAGACAAAGAUAAGAAGGAGACGGCAGCAGAUAUGGGCUCCCAUCAGGGUGUGGCGGUGCUGGGUAUCGCUCUCAUUGCUAUGGGCGAGGAGAUCGGCUCAGAAAUGGCUCUGCGCACGUUUGGUCACCUGCUGCGUUACGGCGAGUCGACGUUAAGGAGGGCGGUGCCGUUAGCUCUCGCUCUGAUCUCCGUCUCCAAUCCGAGGUUGAACAUUCUGGACACGCUCAGCAAGUUCUCGCACGACGCCGACCCCGAAGUGUCCCACAACGCCAUCUUUGCCAUGGGGAUGGUGGGCAGCGGCACUAAUAACGCGCGUCUGGCGGCGAUGCUCAGACAGCUGGCGCAGUAUCACGCCAAAGACCCCAACAACCUCUUCAUGGUCCGACUCGCACAGGGUCUCACUCAUCUGGGUAAAGGCACGCUGACGCUCUGCCCGUAUCACAGUGACCGGCAGCUCAUGAGUCAGGUGGCCGUAGCCGGACUGCUCACGGUCCUCGUGUCCUUCCUGGACGUCAAGAAUAUAAUCCUGGGAAAGUCUCAUUACGUUCUGUACGGUUUGGUGGCGGCGAUGCAGCCGCGUAUGCUGGUCACAUUCGACGAGGAGCUCAGACCGCUGCCCGUGUCCGUCCGAGUGGGACAGGCUGUAGAUGUGGUGGGUCAGGCCGGCAAACCCAAAGCCAUCACAGGUUUUCAGACUCACACCACACCGGUGCUGCUGGCUCACGGCGAGAGAGCCGAACUGGCCACAGAGGAGUACAUCCCCGUCACGCCCAUCCUGGAGGGCUUCGUCAUCCUGCGCAAAAACCCCAACUACGACGCUUAGACGCGCUGACAGGGACCUUCGACACGCCUGUACAAUAUUUAAAGCACCUCUCUCUCCCCCUUACGUCCUCUCUUACGUUCCCUGCGCUGUCUUUCUCUCGGACGGCGAGACAGUUUCAUCGGUGUAACUGUGACGAUUCCUCCCUCGUUUCUCCUCCUCUCCUCAUUUUGUAAUUAGAGCAUGAAAUGAGUGUGUGAGUUUAUCAUCCUGCUAAACAGUUUUGCUUGUUUUUGUUACUUGUUCUGUAAAAGGUUGAGAUACAAAAAAUAAAAGAAUUGUGGUCAAA